AUGAAGUGGAUAGAAACCAUCAAGGCUCGUGAAACGAUAGCAGACGCAACCGAUAAGGCAAACGAACAACACUACGAGGUUCCAACCCAGUUUAUCUUAUCUUGUCUCGGUCCUCGUGCAAAGUACUCAAGUUGCCUAUACCCAACUGGCAAGGAAACUCUGGCCGAGGCAGAGGUUUGCAUGCUCGAAAGCUAUUGUGAAAAGGCAGACCUUGCAGAUGGGAUCGACAUAUUGGAUUUAGGAUGCGGCUGGGGCUCUCUAGCUCUCUUCCUCGCCGAGAAAUACCCCAACUCGCGCAUAACCGCGCUAUCCAACUCGAGAACCCAGAAAGAGUUUAUCGACUCUCACGGUUUCAAGAACCUAGAGGUAUUCACCGGGGAUGUCAAUUUCUUUGACUUUGACGACAAGAGGAGGCAACAUAUGAAGAACUACCAAGAACUCCUGCGCAAGAUCUCGACAUGGCUCAAGCCCAACGCAAAAGCCCACGGCGGUGCCGCUUACCUUUUCGUCCAUAUCUUCUGCCACAAAACGAUCACAUACGACUUUGUUUCCUCUGAUGGAUGGAUGGCCCAGCAUUUCUUUACUGGAGGGACGAUGCCGUCCUUUGAUUUGUUCACAUAUUUCCAAGAUUAUCUCGUCCUUAGGCGAAGCUGGUGGGUCAACGGACGGAACUAUGGCCAGACGUCCGAGGAUUGGGUCAAGUGUCAGGAUCAACACAAGGCCGAAGGUAUCAAGAUCCUGGAAGAGGACGCUGUCAAGAGAGGUUUGCCGAGAGAAGAAGGGAGGAGACACUGGUAUCGCUUUAGAACAUUCUUUGUCACCGUCGCUGAAUUCUUUGCCAUGUACAACGGAGAACAAUGGGGCGUAGGACAUUACUAUUGA